CCUAACUUUCACAACCGAGAUGAUGGAUGGCGGCCAAAGCAGCCAACCUGCUGCUCUGGAGAAAGUGUUGCUCGAUGAAACCGCGGAUCCGGUCCAUCUACCUUUCUCACUGCUCAGCUCCAUCACAGGAAAUUUCUCUGAAGCUCAGGAAAUCGGCAGGGGCGGGUUUGGAGCGGUUUACAAGGGAGUGCUUCCAAGUGGUCGCACAGUCGCCGUGAAGCAGCUCUUUGAGAGGUACGAGAUCCUGGACAAGAAUUUCGAGAGCGAGGUUACCUGUCUCGCGGGGGUCAAGCACAAGAAUACCGUGCGAUUUCUCGGGUACUGCUCUGAGACGCAGCAAGUACUGAUGCCAUACGACGGGAAGCGUGUCUUGGCAGAUGUGCGGCAUAGGUUGCUCUGCUUCGAGUACAUGCCCAGAGGGUGCCUUGCUGACUAUCUCUCCGAUGCAUCUUGUCGACUUCAGUGGACCACACGUUACCAAAUAAUCAAGGGGAUCUGUGAGGGCGUACAUUAUCUUCACCAACAGCGUAUUAUUCACAUGGACCUAAAACCUCAGAAUGUACUAUUGGAUGAUAACAUGGUGCCCAGAAUUGCAGAUUUCGGUCUAUCACGGCGCUUAAGUGGAAGCCAGAGUCGGGCUAUUACUGAUCACAAGCUUGGGACAAUGGGAUAUAUGGCACCAGAAUUCUUAAUUAGCGGAGAAAUCACCUUCAAGACCGACAUAUAUAGUUUGGGUGUUAUUGUAAUGGAGAUCCUUAUGGGACAUAAGGAGUGCUCCAGAAUUAAGGAGGUAGUUGAAAGCUGGACGGACAAGUUUGGGACAUCAAAUAGUCACACGCCAUUGGAACAAUUAAAGGCAUGUGCCGAGAUAGGGAUACAAUGUACAAACUAUUACCCAGGGAACAGGCCGGCUACAUGGUUUAUCAUCCGUGGAAUACAGGGUGACGCGGAAAUUUCAAAUUGGCCUGUUACGAGUGACGUAGGUGCCUCAACAGAAGGGCAGACAAGCAUUGCCUCCGAGCUGGUGGAUGAAUUGAAAUUAAUGGAUGGUUCUGCUGCUACACCAUCCAAACUGCCACCAUCAACAUUGGAGGUGGAGCGGGACGAUGGCAAAUUGAGCCAGGAGAGGAAGAGGAAGGCAUCAAACAUAAGCUUCUCGAAGCUAGCGCAUGAGCUGAAGUUGAUGGGUAAUUCUGUCGCUAGUGGCAAGCUGAUGGAUAAUUCUAACACAACAUACCAACUGCAAUCAUUGGCACUGGAGGUGGAUAAGGAGGAUGGCAAGAUAAGCUUCUCCAAGAUGGCGGAUGAACUAAAGUUGAUGGAUGAUUAUGUCGCACCACUCCAACUGAAACCAUCAUCGCUGGAGGUUGAGCAGGAGGAUGGCAAAGUGAGCCAACAGAAGAAGAGGAGGACAUCAACCGUGUGUGUGGCGACCGGGGUGAUGAGCACCCUUAGUGGCAAGCUUGCCACUUUCAUCAACGAUGAGUACAAUAAGCGCAAAGAGGUAAGGAAGCAGGCGUCGUUCCUUGAGAAGGAGUUGAGCGCCAUACACGCUGCUCUUGAGCUGCCGGAGCUCAUGAAUGAGCUUGCUCCAGGGGUAAAAAAUUGGAGGGAUGAUCUCACGGAGAUUUCCUACGACAUGGAAAAUUGCAUUGAUGACUUCAUCCGCCAAUUCGGGGGUGAGGAUGUUGAGGUAGGCUUUUUCUGGGAGGCUGCUGAACUUCACAAGAGGUUGUGCGAGCUUCAUCGAAUUUCCAACCAGAUGGAAGAGCUUAGGACUCUUGUGGUAGAAGCAAAUGCUCGACGUGAGAGUUACAAGAUUGAUGAUUGCAAGCCUAGCUUUGGCCCUGUGGCUGUCGACGCUCGCCUGCGAGCGGUUUACCAGGAGGCAGUCAACCUUGUGGGCAUUGAAGGCCCGAGAGAAGAGGUUAUCAGUUGGUUGAUGAAUACUCAGAAAAAAGUAAAGGUUGUGUCCGUUGUUGGUUUUGGAGGCCUGGGUAAAACUACACUUGCCAAACAGGUGUUUGACAAGGUCAAAGGGCAUUUUGAUUGUGUGGCAUUUUUUUCAGUUUCGCAGAGGCCUGAUUUGAGAGUGCUUCUCAAUCGCCUGCAAUUGAAACUUGGGAUAAAUGUCUCUUCUCACGAUUGUGGGUUUGAUGACAUCAUUGAAGAGCUAAGGAAGUAUCUCACGGAUAAAAGGUACCUUAUUGUAGUUGAUGACCUGUGGGAUCAAUCAGCAUGGAAUAUUAUUAGUUGUGCUUUUCCUGAUAAUGGGAAUGGGAGCCGAGUAUUAGUAACGACACGAGUGGAAGAUGUGGCUAGUGUGGCCUGUCACAAUGACCGUGAGUGCAUUUACACAAUGAAGCCCCUCACUGAACAGAACUCAAGAACAUUAUUCUCCAAUAGAGUAUUUGGACCCAAAGUUUUAUGUCCUCCCUAUCUUAAAGACAUUGCGGCUGAAAUUCUGAAGAAGUGUGGCGGAUUGCCGCUUGCAGUUAUCACUAUAGCUAGCCUAUUAGCUAAUCAAGUGAGAUCAAGGAAACACUGGGAGAGCAUAAGGAAAUCUCUGGGUGCCCAAUCCGCCAGAAAUCCUUCAUUGAAAGAGAUGAAUAGUAUAUUAAACCUUAGCUACAUCCAUCUUCCUCUUCAUCUCCGGCCAUGUUUUCUGUACCUUGGUAUGUAUUCUGAGGACCACAUCAUACCACGGGAUGAUCUGGUUAAACAAUGGAUAGGUGAAGGCUUUGUCAGCAGUUUGCAUGGGCCAGAUUUGGAGGUUGUUGGCCGGAGUUAUUUCAAUGAGCUUGUCAAUAGAAGCAUGAUUCAGCCGGCAGAAACUGAGUAUGGAGAGGUAUUGUGUUGCAGAGUACACGACAUGAUGCUUGAUUUGAUCCUAAGCAAGUGUGUAGAAGAUAAUUUUGUAAGUGUGGCACACAAUUCUGAGGACAUGGCAAGACUGCUGCAUCUCUGCAAAUACAAGGUUCGCCGAUUAUCCCUGUGCUCCAUGGCUGUUGGUGGAGCAACAUAUGACACUGCUAUUGCUACUAGGCUGUCACAAGUUCGAUCAUUACUGUUCGAGGACGCUAUACUCCCUCUUUUGUGGUUCAAGUACCUUAGGGUGCUAAUCAUUUCUGAUGAGCGGGAGAUAGUUGACCUCACCGCUGCUAGCCAAUUGUUUCUGCUGAGGUAUAUGAUGGUUAGAGCUAGGAAGAUAGAGCUCCCUACUAAACUUGGUGAGCUUGUUUACUUGGAGACUCUGGACAUAGAAAAUUGCAAAUUGAUGGAGAGCAUUCCCUCAGAUAUAGUUCAUUUGCCCCGCCUAUCCUGUCUGGUUCUUCCAGAUUGGACAGAGUUGCCUGAAGGUAUCGAGAAUAUGAAAUCACUGCACACCCUGCGAGGGCUUGACGUGAAAUCGCUGAAGUGUUUUAUGGGUCUCAGCGAGCUGACCAAUCUGAGGGAACUGCGCAUGUCAGUAGGUCUUAGUUUGGCGUCGCCAAAAGCUGAUGCUUUGGCUUGCUCCAUUGGAAAGCUCUAUAACCUUGAACGUCUGAGCAUCUCUGGCAGCGAUCAUGUUGUUGAGCGUGUGGAUACCAGUCGGCAUGGAGCACUUGUUACACCUCCAGGAGAUCAAAGUGUAUUGGUUCCCCAAUGACAAGGAUGUCGGGGACACACUCAAAGAGGCCUUGCUGAUGCACCCGAACCACCCGUCCGUCACCCUUUUGUAGCAGUGUAUUAUUCCCGUCAUAGUUUCGUAGCCCUGCUGGAGAAGUGAAAAGGGGCAGCUGACCUUUAAAUAUAUAGCUGUGUAUGUUACUUGAGCAACUAAUAGUGGUGAUACUGGCAUCAAGGAGCUUUAGCACGAACACCUUAUAUUUUGAGCAGCUAAUAGUGGCGAUACUGACAUCAAGGAGCAGCUGAUUAAGGCGCUGCCUUUUUUUUUUGAUAGGUAAUAAUGGUGGUCAUGGAUCAAGAUCUG